AUUCACAUUUUCGUCACCGUUAUUCCCCUCCCUGAAAAGCAAGCGAAAAAGAGAAAACGACCAUAACCCUAGAUUGACAAUGGCCAGCGAAUCCCAUGACUCGCGUCGGAAGCACCGGCGAUCGUCAUCGUCGGAAGAUGAUGCCGAGAGGUCCUCCAAGCGCCACAAGCACCAUCAUCACCACCGCCACCGCCACCGCAGCAAGAAACGCGACGCUGAGGAUAUCAUUGAAGCUCCUCCUCCGCCAGUGGCUAUUAGGAAUUCUCGGCCUGAUGACGAUGUGGAGGAGGGCGAGAUUCUCGAAGAUGAGGGCUUCGGUUUAGGUGAUGGCGGGCACGAGAUUGCGGAAAGGAAACCUCAGUCGGACGAUGAGUCAAGGGAAAUCGUGGCCGUUGGUGUUACUGCUCAAUCUGAUCAGCAAAAUUCGGGAAGUGCUGAGCAUGGCUCGUAUGAUGCUGAAGCAAGGAUACACGAGGGAGAGAUUCUAGGGAAAAAGGGUAGGAGUCUGAAGACAUUGCGAGAGGACAAGAGUAAGGAUGAUUUUUUGACGAAUUCAAAUUUAGAUAAGGAAGACAGAGCUUAUAGCCAGAGUGGGGUUGAUACUGGCAUCGAAAAUGAGGUUGGUUCUCCAAGGACUUUAAAUGUUGAGCCUCAAAAUGAAUUGGCUUAUAGAGUUACCUCAGAGGGUUAUGGCAAUGGGGAUUUGGGUUUCAAAGCCAUCAAAGACAACAAAAUGUGGCAGAGUGAAUCUUGGACCUCUUAUAAAGGAAGUGGCAAGGAAAAGACACAUUAUGAUGAUGAGAAGGUUGAGGUUUAUGGAAGUAAGUUAAGCAACCAGGGAAAGUCAUCCUCUCAAAGCACAGGGGACACUAGGAGUAGAUCUAGGUCAAUUGAUCAUGCUAGAGAGAGAUCACGUUCACUUAGCAUAAGAGAAGAGGAGGCCCAUUCAAAAAAGCAACAUUAUUAUGGUCGUGAUGCCUCAUUGUAUGCCGAUAGAAGCAAGUUUAUGUAUGACUCCGAUGAUGAAAGAAUGGUUCGAUUGAGUAAGGAUGGACGGCAUUAUCGUAGAGAUGUGGAAAGGGAACACAAUACUAGUUCCAACAAGUAUAUUGGAGAGGAAAGGCUUCAAAGUCAGAGUACAUGGGAGAGAGAGAGGAGCAAGGAUAGGGAGAUGGCUAGGGAGUUAAGGAAGGAAAAAGAAAGAAAUAGGGGUUUUGAGAUGGACAAGGCUCAAAGAAGGGAGAAAGAACGAGAAAGGAGCAGGGAGAGGGACAGGAAAAGGGGGAUGGAACGAUAUAGAAGCAAGGAAAGGGAUGUGGACAAGGAUAGACAGGAUAUGGAAAGAGAUAAGAUCAAGGAAAAUCAGGUGGAUAGACAUGGGGAAAGGGAGAAGGAAAGGGAUAGGAGCAGAGCUAGUGAAAGAGAGAGAGACAGGGACAGGGACAGGGACAGGGAAAGGGAAAGGGAAAGGGAAAUGGACAGGGACAAAAUUUGGAGGGAGAGGGACAAUGAGAGGGAGAAGUGGAAUGAUAGAAAUAGGAAUAGAAAUAGGGGCAUAAUGAUUGAUAGGGAAAAGUAUGAAUAUCUUGUGGAUGGAGAUAGACAUAAGAAUUCUAGACACUCGAGAUACGAUGGAAAAGAUUACCACCAUGACAGAACACGAAAAACUGAUUCAGCAAAGGUUCCUACUUCUAGGAGUGAUUUGUUGGAAGGAAAUAGAGAGAAACUCCAAAGGGAUGAUGAUGAACAGGGAGACUACGAAGAAGGGACUACAUUGCAGUUUGCCGAGCAGGAAGAGGAAGAUCUCAACAGAAUCAAGGAGGAGAGUAGAAGGCGAAAGCAAGCCAUAUUAGAAAAAUAUAAGAGUCAGCAAUUACAGCAACCAAAUCAGCCUCGAUCAGAAGAUACAGAGAAAGAUAAGGAGCCUGCACAUGAUUCUGAUCAAUCCGUAGCAGCUAAUGAUGUCAUUACUGACACUGGUGAUGGUAGAAGUGAUGGUUUUGAUAUCUACGUUGCUGAACCAUCAUUUUCUGUGGGGAAAUCACCUCCACAAAAUGGACAUGCUGAUUUGGAGAAGACUUCGAGUGCUGGGGGGCUUGGGGAGGGUAGUCCAAAGAGUGAGAGGUCAGGUGACAAGUUUUGUGAUGAUAUUUUUGGUGAGACACCAACAGGAGUUCGCAGAUUGGACAAAGUAGAUGGAUUACGCUUUGAAAGGAGUGGUCUUAAUGACAACUGGGAUGAUGCAGAGGGUUAUUAUGGCUACCGGUUUGGUGAAAUACUCGAUGGACGAUAUGAAGUUACUGCUGCUCAUGGGAAAGGUGUAUUUUCUACCGUAGUUCGUGCAAAGAAUCUUAAGGCUGGUAAUGGUGAACCGGAGGAAGUGGCUAUAAAAAUUAUACGAAGUAAUGACACAAUGUACAAGGCUGGUAUGGAGGAGCUGGUCAUAUUAAAGAAACUAGUAGGUGCAGAUCCAGAUGACAAGCGCCAUUGCGUUCGAUUUAUUUCGAGUUUCAAGUACCGCAAUCAUCUUUGUUUAGUUUUUGAAUCUCUUCAUAUGAAUCUGCGUGAGGUUUUAAAGAAGUUUGGACGCAAUAUUGGCCUUAAGCUAACUGCUGUGAGAGCAUAUGCAAAGCAACUUUUUAUUGCCUUGAAGCAUCUUAGAAAUUGUGGUGUUCUUCAUUGCGAUAUAAAGCCAGAUAACAUGCUGGUAAAUGAGGCGAAAAAUGUGUUGAAGCUCUGUGACUUUGGCAAUGCCAUGUUUGCUGGUAAAAAUGAAAUUACGCCUUACCUUGUAAGCCGCUUUUAUCGCGCCCCUGAAAUAAUUCUUGGCAUGCCUUAUGAUCAUCCAUUGGAUAUUUGGUCUGUGGGGUGCUGUUUGUACGAGGUUUAUACAGGAAAGGUUCUUUUUCCAGGCGCUACAAACAAUGACAUGUUACGCCUUCACAUGGAAUUAAAGGGCCCUUUCCCAAAGAAGAUGCUUCGCAAGGGGGCAUUUAGUGAUCAGCAUUUUGAUCAGGACCUGAGUUUUCAUGCUACAGAAGAGGACCCUGUCACGAAAAAGGCUAUAAAGCGGAUGAUUCUCAACAUCAAGCCAAAAGAUAUCUCUUCAAUCAUUACAGGCUCUCCUGGGGAGGAUCCAAAGAUGUUAGCCAAUUUUAAAGAUCUUCUAGAAAAAAUUUUUGUGUUAGAUCCUGACAAGAGGAUGACAGUGUCACAAGCAUUGUCCCAUCCAUUCAUCACGGGCAAGUGAACCAUGUUGCUGAUUAACUUUCAACACGGUUUUGGCGUUGAAGUCAAAAUGGGGUGAUGUUUGGUCUGGAGUUCUCUUUCCUGGCGGGUUCUUUCGUGGAUUGUACUGUUUCUAUCGUAAGACAACUUGCUGACGGCGUUUUUUUACCAUUGUAAUCAUAAUUGAUUAUGGCCAUUGUGAGAAAUUGUUCAUCUAUUUUGAUCUGUGUUAUGGUGAUUACAUUUUGUACUUCAAACUCGACUGUUGCUAUUGAAUUGGUGGGAAAAUUAAUAAGGACAUACAUGUAUCAUGUCCUAUGAGUUGGUAGUUUGCACUUUUUCUUAGUUGAAUAGUUAUAUCCUUUAAAAAAUAUUCCAGUUCUCUUGUGUAAAAUUCACUUUUUUGUAUUAAUUUCUAAUGGUCUGGAGGCUUGUUGUA